UAGCUUAUUGACCCGUCGGGCUUCCCAAGAUCGGAAGCCCCGGCCGCCAAGCAAAGUACUAUCGUCCUCCUCCCGCGGCCGAAGGGCUGCUUCCGGCGCCCCGCCCGAUGGCGUCCGCCGCUGCCACGGCUCACCGCAAGGGCCCUUCAAGACAGGAAAGCCCGCGCGCGAAGGUGUGGCUCUAUCUAACGCUCCUUACCUUGCAGUACGGCGCACAGCCGCUCAUCUCCAAACGCUUCAUCAGGCGAGAUGUUAUUGUGACUUCAUCUGUUCUAGCGUGCGAGAUGGCAAAGGUUAUUUGUGCUCUAUUUCUUUUAGCAAAAGAAGGUAGCUUCAAGAGGCUAUGGAAAGAAUGGACCUUGGUUGGGGCAUUGACUGCAUCUGGCCUUCCAGCAGCCAUUUACGCAUUGCAGAAUAGUUUGUUACAGAUAUCGUACAAGAAUCUAGAUUCACUCACCUUUUCAAUCCUUAACCAGACAAAGCUAUUCUUCACUGCAUUUUUUACAUAUCUUAUUUUAGGGCAGAAGCAAUCACCUAAGCAAAUUGGGGCUCUUACCUUAUUGAUCGUUGCUGCCAUUCUUUUGAGUGUUGGUGAGAGUUCUGACAAAGCUUCCGCUAGCAGUAACUCUGAUCAGGUUUUGCUAUAUGGAAUUAUUCCUGUUAUGAUUGCUUCUGUUCUUUCCGGUUUGGCUUCUUCUCUGUGCCAAUGGGCCUCUCAGGUGAAGAAGCACACAUCAUAUAUAAUGACUGUAGAAAUGUCAUUUGUUGGUAGUUUAUGUUUGCUGGCAAGUACUUACAAGUCACCUGAUGGAGAGGCAAUACGAAAAUAUGGAUUCUUUCAUGGUUGGACUGUGUGGACUCUGUCGUGUUCUUCCACAGAUACCAGUUGUAAUGAAUGCUGUCGGAGGGAUUCUUGUCGGUCUUGUCACUGCUCAUGCUGGAGGUGUCAGAAAGGGGUUUGUUAUAGUCUCUGCAUUGCUCGUAACUGCAAUGUCUUUCUUUUGCAGGGGUUUGUUAUAGUCUCUGCAUUGCUCGUAACUGCAAUGUUGCAGUUUCUUUUCGAUGGGAAACCACCCUCGGUGUAUUGCCUUGCGGCACUACCUCUUGUCAUCAGCAGUAUUGUCAUAUACCAGAAAUAUCCAUAUGUUGCAAGAAAGAAGGAGGAUUAAGCACAAAGUCAUUCUGAUUUCAGAGAGCAGGGUGUCGUUGCCAUGCUCUCAUUCUGCUAACAAUAUCUUGUACCAAUGGACAUUCUGAUACAACCGAAACAUGAAACUCAAGCAAAGACAAUUGAUCUGGUAAUUGUAUUCCAUGUGUUCUAUUACAGAUUAUACACCUUUGAUUGUUUACUCUUUAAUAUUUUUUCUGUAAUUUCUUUAAAUAUAAGUACUUAUAGGAUUAUACAUCA